UGAAGCCGGAGGUCACCGUGGCGUACGUCGCCGUCGCCCUCAUCUUCUUCAACAGCGGGCUGUCGCUGAAAUCCGAGGAGCUGACCAGUGCUCUGUUUCACGUCCGCCUCCACCUGUUCGUUCAGUCCUUCACGCUCGUCUUCUUCCCGCUCGCCGUCUGGCUGCUGCUCAGAGUGCUGGCGUUCACCGCCAUCGACCAAUGGCUGCUCAGAGGGUUACAAACGGUGAGCUGCAUGCCCCCCCCGGUCUCCUCCGCUGUGAUCCUCACCAAGGCCGUUGGAGGCAACGAGGGGCGAGCGAGCAGCGUCUGCUCCUGGCUCGCCUCCUCUGGGCUCCAGAGGACGCCUGGCUCAGACUUCACUUCCUCCACGGUGCCGAGCAGGACGAAGGCUCCAGAAGCUCCGCUGAGAGAAAACUGAGCCUGAGUGAGGAGUACCUGAAGCAAGGUGAGCUGCACCGUGCGAGGCAGCAGGUGGAGCUGUUGCUCCAGCAGCUGGGAGACAGCUAUCUGGACUCGAACCGUGGUCCCCUGCAGCUCCGGCUGCGCCGCGUGACGUGGACGACCUUCAGCCGGCUGGCCGCCGCCCUGCUGGACUCCGGGGACUGCGGCGCCGCCCUGGCGCUGCUCCGGCGGGCGCACGGCGCCGUCAUGGAGAUCGGAGACAAGAGACUGGAGGCGGAGGCCGCGCUCCAGCUGGGACGGACCAAUCAGAGCGCAGGGAACCACCACGCAGCCCGACAGUUCUUCAACAGCUGCAUGCAGAUCUGUGGAACUCUGGGAGAUACAGACGGACUGCUGGAGGCUUGCAUGGCGACCGCUGAGUGCCUGGAGAGGUGGAUACACACACAUACACACACACACUCACCGUUCGUUUUCAUAUUUUUGUCUUUGCGUGUGUGUGUGUGCGUGUGUGUGUGUGUUGACAUCAGUGAGGGGAGCUAUGAUGAGGCCGUCCAGUGCUUGGAGGAAGUCGUCGAAAUCACCCGGAGCAACGGACUGCAGGAGCAACUGGCUGAGACCUAUAUGCACCUGGGAAACAACUACUACAGCAGGGCUCGGUGUCGGACGGCCUGUGACUACUUCCUGCAGAGCUGCCAGGCGGCCAGAGACGCCGGAAACCGGUCUCUGCUGGAGGACGCUCAGGUGAUGGUGGGCGUCUGUCGCGCUCGCAGCUCGUUUGAGUCAUACAUGGCCGACGUGGCGUCGUCCUCGCCGUCGGCCUUACGGAGACUCUGGCGGUACGAGGCCGCCGGGGCCGAGCGGGACCCCGACUCUGGCGCUGAAGAGGGCUGACUGGUGCUCGCGGAACCUCCCUUCGUUAGCUUUGUUCUGUUGUAAUAAAUCCAGUUCAGACAUUGA